AUGGUGUCUGUAUCUUGUGCAGGCAAACCUGAGCCCGUCAUCCGCUGGUACAGAGAGGGAAAGCAACUCUCGGAUCAAGCUGACUUUGAAAUCUCCUACCGCAAUGGUCGGGUGACCAUGAGUAUCCCCGAGGUGUUCCCAGAGGACAGCGGUCACUUUACCUGCACGGCUGAAAACCAGGCAGGCAAAGCAUCCAGCACUGCUGAGCUGGUGGUCAGAGGUCAGUUAGUUAAAAAAAAAUCUUUCUUUUAG